AUGGUUUAUCACUCUAGUUUUGUGGAUGAUGGAGGAGUGAACAGAGCUUGUGGAUGCCCUCUUCUUCCAUUAAAAAGCCACAUUAAGGGUCCUGCUCCUGUUUCCGAUCAAGAUAGAACUGAUAUUGUGGAUGAAGCAAUCACAUUCUUCAGAGCCAAUAGGCUUGAAGGUUGUAGAACUUUGGCUGAAGGAACCAAAGCGAUUAUUAACCUGGGUCUUGAAAAUGUUCCUGUACCUGGAGAGUCUGGUUUUCCUUUUCCGGGUCUUUUUGUCAUUCCUCAAUCAAAUAAAGAAGCAGAAUUAUUCAGAAAUUAUUUGAAGCAGAUAAGGGAAGAAACAAGUGGGAGAUUACUGAGUGUUGCAUACAGACCUAAUGGCACUCCAAAUAAAUGGUGGUUGGCAUUUGCAAAAAGGAAAUUUAUGAAUGUAAUCACCCGUUGA